AUGAAGGACAGCAAACAUCACGAGCGGACUAAACAUAUUGAUACCAAGUACAUGCGCACCAGAGACCAUGUCAAAGCCGGCGAUACCCGUCUUGAAGCUGUUACUUCAGCAGAUAAUGUGGCAGACAUUUUUACCAAAGCUCUGGCUAAGCCGCAGUUUUUAUAUUUGAGGAAUCUUCUGGUCUUCUCCGCUAUGUCUAAUCACGGAAACACUACAGGAGUCAAUGAAGGACCCUCAUCCUUCGAGUCAGCCAGCACUGGAAGUUCUGUUGCCCACUCAACAUCUGAGACCCAUUCAAAGAACAACGCCAGCUCUUAUGAGACAUUCGCCGAUCUCCUGUUUUAUUAUCUUGACCAAGUAGAAUUUGCUUACAAUUCCGCACCACAGUCUACUAUUAAGACAUCUCCAUUUGUCGCUGAUCUUGGCUUUCUACCUCGCCAACCUGCAAUGAUCCGUCCACCAUCGGAUGCUCGUACACCCUCAAAUGUGGAAAGUCUACAAGUCAAACUGAAAGCUAUUCUGUUACGUACUCAAGAGUACAUGAGUUUCUCACAGUUGAGUCAACAACGACAAGCUGACAAGCAUCGUCGUCCUGUGGAAAUUAAAGUUGGUGAUUCUGUUCUUAUCCACCACACUAGUUUUCAGAGCCCUAGCAAUAGGAUGCUGCCACUUUUCGUCGGUCCAUACACCGCCAACAACCGUGUUUUUAAUGUUUCGAAAUUACGCAAAUAUGUCAAAUCUGAUGAAUACCCUGCUGAGAUUAGACCUACUGAGGAUUAUGUUAAGAAGAACUUGAACUGCAUUGCUAGCGUAGCCGCUAUGCAAAAUGGUCUUGUCUAUCUACAGUUCACAGAUAGCCUACCUGGACAUUGCGUCGCCAUUUCAACAAGUUUUUGGAAUACUAUGCCUGCCGAAAAAAGGAUACCAUUAUUCAAAGCUUACAUGGUUAGAAUCAAAGCUCGGGACGAGCCUUUAUGA